AUGCCCACAACCUGCUGGUCCCGUCUCACGCUCGGAUACUACUACAUUGUAUGGGGCAUCUGGCUUCGGCGGUGUCUCGGAGGCCGCGAGAACGAGUACAAGCUGCUGUGGCAGGGCCACCUGUUGUCUGUCCCACAGGUGGUGAGGGUCAAGGAGAAGGUGUAG